AUCUAAUCUAAAACUAUCACAGAUGCGACACCGCAUCUUCUCCGUUGCUUGUUGACGUGCGCCCUCUUGUGGUCAGUAUGUUUCACUGAAUAAUCAGAAUCCGCUUUAUUGCCAAGGUCAUUGAAGAGCUCACCAACCGGGUAAAAUAAUAAUAAUAACAACAACAACAACAAUAAUAAUAAUGCACUCCCAAAUGUUAAUUGUAUUUAAUUAUAAUUUAUUGCCGCUAAAGACAAAUCUAGAAAAAAAAAAAAAGUAAUGGAAGCCAAAUGAACCAGAGCAUAAAAUAGCUUACAGCAGAAAUGUAAAAAAUGAAAUAUUUUCAUGAACAUACCCUCCCUCUUUCUGCAGUAAUUCGGAUUAAACAUGUAAAAUAUAGACUUCUCGGAGGUUUGCCCUUUGAAAAAAUAAUUGAAAAUAAGGACAUAAUUUAAACUGAGUAGUUACAGCAGCGGAAGGAAAGAACGGAGGGAGGAAGGCAGAAGGUUGGGAAGGAGGAACGAAGGGAGGGAGGAAGUAAGCAAGGAAGGAAGUAAUGAAGGAAGGAAGGAGGGUCACAUCAUUGUCGUCCCCGGUCCUGUCUGUGAAACACAUGUUGCGAUGAAGAUGCCGGGACGCUAGGGGGAAGUGUUUCUCCACCUGCUCGUUCUUCUCCACCGAGACACCCCCUUCCUUUCUCCGCUCGAGCAGCUCCCUCAGCCGGACUGUCGCAUCACGGAGCGGGGAGGAGCUCCGGAGCUUCUUUACUCCAGACAGCUCCGAGGAUGUUCCCGAGCGGCGUUCCUCUCUCGCCGCCGACGCCAGGAGGAUCCUCCCGGCUUUUAACAUGACGGUAGACGACUAGCCGACAGCCGAUACAUCCAACGAGGCUCGCUUUAGACCCAGCAUGGCCGCGGAGAAGUGCGGACACUUUGUCCGGAGCCAGCGUGAGGAGAGCCGCAUGUAACCGGGGGUCGAGCACCGGCGUCGGCGGCUCCACCUGACGCUUCGCCCUGCUCGCUCCAUUCGUGGCGGAUUUCAGGGGACUGGGUUCGUGUUGGCCGGACUGCUCUUUUUUAUUUGGACUGAAUUUUCAGGAAAAUGAGCGAGGAAGUGUCAGAGGUCCCCAAAGAGCUCCUGGAGAGCGUGCGGGAGGCGGUGGGGAGGAAGGUGAAGCUGUCACUGAGGAGGAGAGUCAAGCUGGAGAUCAAAGCAGACAAGACGGAGAACAGAGUCCUGGCUCUCGCCACUCAUCGUGUCUACCUCCUGACGGCCCGCAUUCCCUCCAAGGUGGAGCACUCCUUUAAUUAUCUGGAGAUCCAGGGGAUCACUUGCAACAAGCCCACACAGCUUUCCAUCGAAUACGAGCGUGGCUCCUUCUCUCUGAAGCUGCUGUCCACAGACGAGGUCAACGAAGUGGUGGCUCAUGUGGGAAACUGCCUUCUCAGAAUAUGUCCCGGCCUUCCGCCUGGUAAAGUGAUUAAGAAGCUCUCCAUGGAUCCUCCGGAGCGGUUGAACGGCCUCCAGGUGAUAUGGGACAACAACAAAGUGGCUGAGCCAGGACCCUGUGGUGGAUUUUCUCAGCUGUACAGGUGUGUUUGCGACUGGUUAGGACUGCCGUACCGAGAAGAGGUCCAGUGGGAUGUUGACACCAUUUAUUUAACUCAAGACACGCGGGAACUCAACCUGCAGGACUUCAGCCAUCUGGAAAAUCGGGAUCUGGUGGCGAUUGUAGCGGUCCUGGAGUUUAACCAGUGGUUCACCAAACUGUCUACCAAGGACUACAAGCUGUCUGCAGAUGUGUGCGAGCAGAUUCUGCGAGUGGUGUCCCGCUCCAGCCGACUGGAAGAGCUGGUACUGGACAACGCAGGACUCAAAACGGAUUUCGCCCAGAAGCUUGCUGCUGCACUGGCUCACAACCCCAGCUCAGGACUCACCACCAUUAAUCUGGCCAACAAUCCCCUGGAGGACAGAGGUGUGGCUUCACUCGGGGCUCAGCUGGCCAAGCAUCAUUUGGGGUUCAAGCAUUUGAACCUCUCCAAAACCUCAGUCUCACCCAAAGGGGUGAACAGCCUUUGCCAAUCACUGAGUGCCAACUCCUCCAUCCCCAGCAGCCUGGUCCAUCUGGACCUCUCAGGGAACAUCCUCCGAGGAGACGACAUGCAGCAUUUCUACAAUUUCCUGAGUCAGCCCAACCACCUGACGACCCUUGACCUCUCCAACACUGACUGCGCAUUGGACCAGGUUUGCUCUGCUCUACUGCGAGGUUCAGUCCAGCACCUUUCUGUUCUCAACGUGUCCAAGAGCAUCUUCCCUCACAGCAGAAAAGGCAAAGAGGUGCCGCCGUCAUUCAAGCACUUCUUCAGCAGUGCCGCGUCGCUCAGUGCCAUCAACGUGUCUGGAACCAAACUGCCUCCUGACGCACUCAAGGCUCUUCUGCUGGGUCUGGCCAGUAAUCCCAGUGUGAAGGACGUCACACUCGACCUCAGCUGCUGCGAGUUGCGGUCUGGAGGCUCUCAGAUCUUGGAGGGAUGUAUUGCUGAGAUCCCCAACAUUUCCAGCUUGGACAUCUCUGACAACGGUCUGGACUCGGAUCUGUCCACGCUGCUGGUUUGGCUCGCCAAGAACCGCUCCAUCAGACACCUGUCCCUCGGCAAGAAUUUCAACAACAUCAAAUCCAAAAACCUAGCACCGGUGUUGGACAGCCUGAUUCACAUCCUCCAGGAAGAGGAGUCGCCGCUCACCUCUCUGUCGCUAGCAGACUCCAAACUCAAAGGUGACCUGACCAUUGUUCUGAAUGCACUGGGCAGCAACUCCACGCUGACUCGACUGGACAUCAGCGGGAACGCCAUGGGCGAUAUGGGAGCCAAGAUGUUGGCAAAGGCCCUUCAGAUCAACUCGAAGCUGAGGACAGUGAUCUGGGACAGAAACAACACCAGCCCCCAGGGUCUGCAGGAUGUAGCCACCGCUCUGGAGAAAAACUACACCAUCCGCUUCAUGCCGAUUCCCAUCAUCGAUGCCUCGCAAGCGCUAAAGGCCAGCCCGGAGAAAACCGAGGAUGCCUUACUGAAGAUUGAAAACUAUCUAUUCAGGAACCAUGAAACCAGGAAAUACCAGCAAGAGCAGGCGUACCGCCUUCAGCAAGGCAUCGUGACCACAACCACGCAGCAGAUGAUUGACCGGAUCUGUGUGAAGGUGCAGGACCACCUCAACUCUCUGAGAAACUCUGAAGCGGACACCAUCUUGGAAGACGUCCGGUCGGCAGAGAGCCUCAUCAAAGACGCACGGAACUCUAAAACGCUCCUUCCCAACCUCUACCACCUGGGCUCAGCCUCCAGAGAGGAGGUGAACAGCACCUCGGUCGGUCCCAUUCAGGAGAAACUGCAGUCCAUGGCUGGAGAGCUGACCAGUGUGAUGGACGAGCAGCUGCAGACGUUGCUGGAGUCAAUGGUGGACGCUGCAGAGUCUCUCUGUCCUCAUGUGAUGAAGAGGACCAACCUACGCUCGGAGCUGAUGAAGACCAGCUCGGUCAAGAUGGUGGUGCCGCAGAGCUUUGUGACCAAGACUCUCCUGGAGCAGUCUGGAAUGGACAUCAUCAACAAGAUCAGCGAGGUGAAGCUCAGUCUGGCGUCCUUCCUCUCUGACCGUAUCGUCGAUGAGAUUCUGGAAGCUCUUUCCUCUUCACAACAUGUACUAGCUGACCACCUCGUGCUCCGAGGUCGCCCUUUAGUGCAGCAGGAGUCUGUGGAUCUGGACGUCCCAGAAGAAAGGAUUCCGAAGAGAGCAUCCACUGAAAUCCUGGAGGGCGAGCGGCUGGAGGACCUGGAGUCCUGCAUGACUCUGUGCUGCACCAGUAUGACUCCGAAGUCCAAGAGGAAGAGCAUCCACAGCAGGAUGCUGCGGCCAGUUUCUCGUGCCUUUGAGAUGGAGUUUGACCUGGACAAAGCGCUGGAAGACGUACCUGUCCACGUGGAGGACACGCUGUCUCAGACUCCGCCCAAGCCGGAGCAGCGCCCUGCAGCCGGGAUGGUGGAGCUUCCGUCUGAGGAGGAGAAGAAGCUGCAGCACUUCACCAAACUAAGGCCUCGCAGGAACAAGAAGAUGAACUCCAGUAAAGUCCCUCAAAUCAACAGCACUCACUCACAAGAGGGGGAGCAGAAUGGCCUCAUGGGGCGUGUGGACGAAGGUGUGGAUGAGUUCUUCUCGAAAAAAGUCACCAAGAUGGACUCCAAGAGAUCACUGAAGAGCUCUGAGUCUCAGGAUGGAGAGAAGAAGAAGAGUAAAGGAGGAUUCCUCAACCUCAUCAAGCGCUCCACUAAAUCCGACAAGUCGGAUAAAUCGGAUAAGUCGGAGAAAAUCCAAGUCCCACUGGUGUCCUCAGGGACCCCGGGAGGUCCCAGUAUCCUGGAGGAGCCCUCCUCCCCGAAGGUGGUGGUGAAGAGCCCGGCUCCAGAGCCCAAAUCCAGAGACUCAUCCAGCCGCUCGCUGCCUGCCGACUACAGCAGCAGCUCCGACCGUUCGGAAGAGCUGCGGACGCCGGACUCCAUAGACGAACCCUGGGAGGGGUCCGACGGCAGAGGCAGCCCGCAAGGUGGCAGAAGAUACCCGGGCAUGCAGAUGAUGGGCAGCGGGCUCCUGGCAGAGAUGAAGGCCAAGCAGGAGAGGAGAGCACACAAGUCGUCCAGUCCGGACAGACCCGACAGCAACUCCUCAGGCUCUCCUGAGAAAACGCCUCCUCGUGUCGAGGCAAAACCAGAUCCAGCUCCUCGUCCCAGAGCACCGUCAUCCUCAAGUUCCCCCGGCGGCCCAGUGAGUCCCAAACCACUGGUGCCGCAGGGACCGAAGCCGGCCUUGGCGGCCCGCCCCACCCUACCACAGAAACCGAGGACGAGCAGUAGUCGCAGCACAGAUGAGAGCUCCGACCCACCUUGUGGUGGGCUGUCCCCGAAGAUGACCGUCCUGCCGUCCUCACUGAAGAAGGAGGGGCACAACAGUUUCCAGACGACAGGACCUCAGGAAGUGAAAUCGGCCGACUCUGUGGACCGGUCCAGCCCUCUCCGCACUACCACCGAGGAUCUGCUCAGGAGCCGGGACACACCUUCCAAACCAGACAAGAGCCACGCCACACGGAAGAAGUCCUCUGACUCCGCAGAGGAGGUGGAGAAAGACUUCAUUUUGAUCUGAGCGGAACUGUCAGGGGCGGAGCUAAAUAAUCAGCAUGAUCUUGUUUGUACUGCAAAAUAGAAAGUUUUGAAAUGAAUGGACUGCUUUUACUAAACCAAACAGCUCCACACUUCCGUGAUCACGGCGCUGUCUUCAGCAGAAGACGACUGCAUCCAUCACCUGUGGCUCGGAAGCAGAAGGAGAAGCUGUGAACAUGUUAAAGCGUGUUAGAAACCCACUAACUCUGCAGCUGCUUGUCUUCCAGGGACUAACUCAGCAGGCUAUCACUGUACUGUACACCAGUCUUUUCUACACUCUUUGUUCAAUCAAUUAUGCAAUUGUUGUUUUGAGCGGGAAAAUCCAGGUUGCGCUGAGCAUAUCAGCAUCAAUACAGAUCACUCUCAGCCAGUUAUAUUUGCAGACCAGAUAAACUCUCCUGGAGUGUGUGUGAGGCCCAGUCAAAGAGGCUCUAGCACUGUUAUUUAACUUGUGUCUUUGCACUGUGACGGAGUGGACACUCAGCCUUCACGUUUAGAGCCACUGUUUGGGCCAAAGACACUUCCCCUGAAGUUGCUGGUCAUGAGUCGGACACAUUCAAAGUUCUUCUCUGAUGUCCCUCUCGCUGCCGUGCAUGGAAGUGGUGGAGGUUAUUUUUGUGCACUUGAGUGAGCAUUUGCACUUUAACACUUCAAAUUCAAUAUCCUAACGGUGUUCUGAACAAAGCCCAGAACAGGUCGUGAAGCAGCACAAGUGAUUUAAGAUGCUUUUAGUACGUCGCCUUGUUGUUGCCUGUUUGGAGAAAUGAGUCCAUCUGUCAAACGAUUAUCGUAGCUCUGAGAACUUAAAAUAAGUUGGAGACAACACAUGAAUCUACGGAGAUUCAGGUGUUUCCGACUUGCCUCUGUGUCCUCUGUCGCACUCGUACCUUUCUCCCGAAGCUCCUCCUACAGCUACCGGGAUUUUUGAAAGCAGCUGAGUGGUUUCUCGUCAUAUUGAGACUUUGCUAAACAUUCCUGUUUUCUCCAGUGAAGCUGAGCUCUAGUCCAGACUCUUGACUCUCUGUGUGUGUGACUGCAUGAUGUAACUGUACGUUGUAUAUACGUUUUUAAAAGGCGUGUGUGACAUACACACUGUGACAUAUUCACACACAAUUGUUUGGUACUAAGUACACUGAUAAGUUAUUUGGAUUAAUGUCGAGGUGUCCGCCUCUGUCAUAUGUACAUUAUGUUCAUAAGUGAAUAAUUCUUUCUCGUUCUGUGUGACGCCGUAAUGUUUUCCUCCUGAUUCAUUCAAGAUAAUGACGCUCUGCAUAAAUACAAAUGACUUGUUUGCACAUCAUCAGUGAUUUUCCUUUAUGUUUGUAGUCGUUCUGCUGGUGUUGGACACUUUCUGAUGCAAAUAAAAACAAUGAUUAAAAUGAG